GCUAAACGAAGGAAGAAGAAAGAAAGAAAGAAAAAAUGUAUGUGACACGGCCUCUUUCAAUCUACACAAAAUCUCCAGAUGCGGCACUUGAGCCACCGCCGGAAGGUCCGAAUUCGGGUUAUCUAACGUUCAUGGAUGAAGAAUCAGAGGCGGAGAGGGCGUGCUGUUGGGGAACUUGUAAAAGUGAUCGUCUUAAGAGCCUCCCAUUUCCUCACAAUAAGAUCCUCACCGUCGAAUACAUACAACAUCCCGAAUGCCAGAUGGUUAGGAUUGUCUCCAACAAGGCCCUCUUCAUUCCAGUUCUUGAUCAGCCAUUGUCUUCUAAUCGGUACUAUGUUAUAAAUGCAAAUGCGAAAUUCAAAGGAAAAGCACAUACAUGCUCAAGGGAGGUGGACGGGAGCACUUGCUGUUUCUGCACACACAUCAUAGACAAAAACCCACAAGAUUUCGACCACAGAGAUGUAUAUCAACAGGUAGAGAUCCGCUGCUGCCGCAGCGGUGGCUACAUUGCUAAGUCUGUAGCUCCAGACGGGUUCCCUCCAUUUUUCCUGAGGAGAAAAGGUUGGAAGAUUUACACGCGGACUCCUGUCCAUCGCCAACUAGGCGAAGCUCAUGGCGCUAACACCGCUCUCCGCGUGCGGUUACCAGAAUUCGACUUCCCGCUCUCUUCUAAGCGUUCGGCGAGCAUUGUAGUGGGGAAAUGGUAUUGUCCUUUCAUGUUCAUUAAGGAAGUAUAUAGUUUAAAAUUUCAAAUGGAGAGGUCCAUGUUCUAUGAAAUGCGCCUCGAGAGGUUGUGGGAAGAGAUUCAUACAUGCGAGAACGAUGGGAACGAAGGAAAUACUGUUGUUGUGAGUGCGACAAUACGAAGCGAGUCGGCGAAAAUUUUCGGGGUAGAAACCGUGCAAGAGGAUGCAGGUGUGGUUGAUGGGAUGAUGUGGUUGCGUGAGCCGCUAACUAGCAUGGAAGAGAGGAUGAGUGUGGGAUUGAAUAUGGCAAUUGUGGAUAGAAUGAAAUGGGAAGCUUGUAAAGGAGGUUGGAUUGAUGGGAAAGAAAGGGAUGUGAAGGUAGAGAAGGUGGAGGAAUUUGGAGGGAGGAGGGAAUGGAGGAAGUUUGGUUGUUAUGUGUUGGUGGAGAGGUUUGCUCUGAAAAGGAUGGAUGGGAGUUCAGUGCUUGAUUAUGAUUUUAGGCAUACUCAUGUAGUUCAAUCUAAAUGGGAAUAAUAAAAUUUCUCAUGUCAUUAUGUUGGAUAUUCUAUUUCAUAUGUAUUAUUUUUUAAAUGAUGUGUGAAAAAGGAAGAAAUUUUUAGAA